CAAGUAUAGGAUCCACGUUGUUCUGACCGACAGAACGGGUUUAUUUUGAGACUGCCAACAAGUAGGAGCGAGGUGCAUGAGCAGGAUUCAGCAGCGCUGUCCAACUUUAGGUCUUGGCCUUACCGCCUUUUCCAUGAUCGCAUUCCUUUCACCACCGUCAUACAUACACUAUACCCUUUAAACAUACUGACAGACGCUUCCCGAUCCAGCCAGCGUCGACGUUGCUAGGCGAACCACAACUCAACGGAAGGAGUAGAGGACGGCAUCAACACUCUAGUGUGUGGAUUAGAAGAGAGCUGGGCGUUUCAACCACUGGGUUGCGAUUCUUUCCCACCAUCAAUAUGCCUUCCGCCGCCGCUCGACGCAUGUUCGAGGAUCAGCUACCCUCUUUUAUGUCUAUAAUAGACCCAGAAAGUGAAAACAUUGGGGAUAGGGAGUUGGUUACCGUCGUGGAGCCCAAGUUCAUGGAGAUGGAAUCACGCUAUGCAUCUAAAAACGUGGAUCAGAAGGCUCCCCAGCCAACAAACCAACAUCUUCGACCAGUCCCAUCCGACUCGACUCACCGGCACCAUGACAGCACGUCAACCCAGAAUUCGGAUUCCGCCGACUCCUCUCCCACCCUUACCACAGAUACUUCUUCAUUGUCGGAUCCGUCACCCUCAUCGUCGCCAGACUCGCCAGUCAACUUAAUACCUCUAAAUUCUUUUCCUUUAAGUACAUUUAGAGAAAUCCCUACUAUGGACGGUCUUCAGAUCGACCGCAAUACGAACACGAAUGCCUCAGAGCGGCCCAUGACAUCACCCGGCCCCCGGAAACCGAGGAAUAUGAAAGGCUUAUCCAUACAGCCACCAUUUGCAUCGUCCUCGAGCAAUACUUUGGUCUCUGAGCCUUCAUCUCCUUGCUUUAUCAAGCCUAGAAUACCCGGGCCUCGGAAAAAACCUAGUCUACUCAGCCUUAAAACUGAUUCCCAGGGACUGAAUCUUCGGCCAAUGGCUUUGGAAGUGCCAGGUUCGCCUAGCCUACCGCCUAUGUUACAGCGGAGGUCUUUGAAGCAUUCGACGUCAUCACCUCAUAUGCUGUCCUCAAUGAAGUCAGCGACAUUUGGCCCGGCUGGUGGAAUGACAUUCCCUACGGUUUUCGAGCGGGGGACUUCUGGCUUGUCGGAAGUAUUGCGUCCCACAAGGCUAGGAAGUAUCAGUGAUGACUGUGGUUCUACAAUACCAGAGGAGGAUUCCCCUAUAAAACCACAGAUGGCAAAUCGGGCAGCUAUGGAUUUUGAGCCUUUCCGUGACGAAUCGGAGAUCAAUGAGGACCAAAAGUCCCCAGGGUACCCCGAUGGCCCGAUUGCGAUAUACAACGACAAUGUGUAUCUUUAUCUAGAACCCACUGCUGAAGAAGCAUCCAAAUUCGACGUGGUCAUUAAUGUGGCUCGUGAAGUCCACAAUCCAUUCGCAGCCUCGAAAACCAGAAAUGAUAGCGUAGCAAGUUCGGGGUCACCGGAGGCUAUGAUCGAGUCGCCAAUACCGGAUACAGCAAUGACGAAUGAUAGUUUUGCAACAGCUUUCGAAUACCCACCUCGUGAGGAGCCCAGCUCGGAAACGCCCACGACGCCCAAAGCAGCCCCAUGGAAUGAGCCUGAAUAUAUCCAUAUGCCUUGGGACCAUAAUACUGAUAUUGCUACUGAUUUAAUGAACCUUUGUGAAACAAUUGAUAAGCGCACCAAAGAAGGGAAGAAGGUGCUUGUUCACUGCCAGCAAGGUGCGAGUCGCUCAGCUAGCUUGAUCAUCGCAUACGGCUUAUAUCAGGAUCCGGGAUUGAGCGUUAACGACGCUUACCAUGCAGCUCAAGCGAAAAGUAGAUGGAUAAGCCCGAAUAUGCGGCUCAUGUACUGUUUACAGGAUUUUCAGAAGGAAGUUUCAAAAAAGAGAGCGCCCCGGUCUAGUGCUGGUCCUAGGAGCGGAAGAAGCCCGACGAAACAUCGACUUACGCUGUCGGCUGAUGCUAUAGGUGUUAAACCUAAAGAGCCUAUGACCGCGCCAUUGCCCGAUGAAGAGGGUACAUCGAAGGGGUCCAGCCUGGAUCGGAACCCGUUUCAUUCCCGUGGAAAAUCGACGUCCAAUAUUGAGGCAAUCUCUCCCGGGCCUUCAUCUGCACCAUCUAGUUUUUCAUGGUCAGAAAACGAGCAAGGAAAAAAGCAGGAAACCAUUGGUCGCUUUAAUUUUGGGGAUACACUCGAGCCACCAACGAUGUUUGAGCCGAGCCCGGAACCGCGGCUGCAAUCGGCAUUUCCCCCUAGGUCAUCGUCCUUCUUCAAGCCUCCGCCAUCUCCUGGGUUUCCUCAAAUUGGGUUCUCUCAAAAUUUCCCUAGCGAACCUUUCAACUUUGGCUUUCAAGAUCACAAUAUAGGGUCUAAGCGGCAGAACCCAUUCAGUAACCAUGAUGAGAUAUUGCCUCACCGGAGCAUCUCAAUAACUUCAGCUCUGCCCGACGAUGAUGAUAUCAUGUCUCCACGGGUUGAGACUAUGACAAACAACCCACUCCAUGAUUCCUUCACCGAAUUGUCUGGGAUGAAGUUUGUCGUCGAAUCGCCGCCAACACCCACCGAGGGUCUCUUUUCUCCACGGGAAACUAUGUUUCCAAGAAAUCCCUUUUCUCCUUUCGGACGCCCUUCACAGACGGCCGAUCCACGAAGUCCACCUACAAGGGGAGAAACGCCGAUAACACGAUCUAUCGAUGAGAUUUUAUAGCCUUCGAUAUGACUUGGCACCAUAUUAUUCCGACUACUCACCCAAGUACCAUACCAACUACAAGGAACCCUGUCUUUGGUGUCUCAUUUGUCUAAAUUUACCGAACCAUCGUUGUCGUCACCUUAUUUUCGUUUUGUCUUUUUUCCUUUUUUUCUUUUUCUGGAUUUACAGCAUUACCGAGUACCGGAUCGGCGAUACCGGAUACCCCGGGCGG